GGUCUGAUGUUGGUUACCAACGUGGCCUUCCUGCAGGUUCGGAUGCUUGUACUUCAACCGCCGAGCUGCAGAGAGGAGCUGUGUGAUGACUCGCCAUUCAGGAUCGCACCCAAAGUUUUGGGCAUGUUCUACUUCUUGCUUGGAAUCGCUGUUUCCUGCUCUGCUUCGAUCUUUGCUGAAAAAUUCUUGAAGAAGUGGCCUGAAGAGCCGUUCUACAUUCUGAAGACGAACCUCAUGAUAGGGGAACUGAUCCUUGCAGUGUUGGGCGUCAUCAACAAUUUCUCCAAAGAGGACAGUGCAGACGAAAACAACGACUCCUGCUCCUGGGACCAGUUCCACGACUGGAGGAGACAACUGCCCGUUGUCCUCGUGUGGCUUCUUCACGGCUGGAUUGCUGGCCUUUUGGUCAAGCGAUGUUCCGCCCUGGUGAAGAAUGUGUCACACAUUCUUUCCACUCUUGCAACGUAUGGGUAUGCGCUGCUUACGCAUGCGCUGCCGUUCUCGUGGCCAGUAACACAGGCCGGCGUGCUGGUGCUUUUGGCAGUGCUGAACUUCGCAUCCACUAGCGACCAGCGCAGCCACAAGGAGAAUUCUCAUAGGCCGUUGCUGAUGUUUUCAGUGGCGCUGAUGUUCUCGUCUUCUGACAGUUCUUCGCUGCUGGUGUCUGUACCGUCGGCCAUGUCGCACCUGGCAGCAGCAGCCGCCUAUUCUGUAUUCUCCAUGAACGAUUGGGCAGCCGUGGCCAUUCUCACGCUUGCCUUGAUGGCUCAUUUGACCCUGUACUUGCCAUUGCCACUCAAUGAUCCUGAGAGCAACCCCUUCUACACGUCUCUGCGACGGGUGCGACAUCAAUUUAUGCGCUUUCUGGCACAACCCGUCUCUGGUUUCGGCGACGAAGGCUCCUGA